GUGUCAAAUGUCCUGCGCCAGCUAGCAUUGUAAACGGUGCAGUGUCCGUGGCCGACCGCAGUGUAGGAAGCACUGCAGCCUUCACGUGUGACGAAGGCUAUCGGUUGAGAGGAGAAGCACAGACUCAGUGCCAGCAAACGGGAAAUUGGAGCAAUGCUGUGCCUGCUUGCGUUGCACAGUGUCCGCCUGCAAGGUGCAGCUCAGAAGAUCGUCUUCCCUGCAGUCAGGAGGGGAUCCGGCCAAUUCACGCAUGUGCCGCAGGAGCUUUACGUAACACGGACAUCGCAAUACUUGCCCGGCUAAGACGGGACACAGAAGACUGCAGUAAUAAUCAACACGUGACCUUCAAAAUGCGUGUUCGCUCGGAGCUCUACCGCUCAGCUCGGUGCAGUUUCCUGCCAUCAACUGAUAGAUAUGAUGUCACCGUGCAGUUGAGACUGGAAGACGGCUGCCCGUGUCCGCUGGCGAAGUAUGACACAUGGUACAUGAUCACAGCCGUCUGCAAUGAACAGCAGAGGCUACUGACUCUGCAUGAUCAAAGCAUCUUCAAGCCGCGCACUGACAAAGCUCUCCGCAACCUUAUAAACCGAUGCGGGUACUCUCAGCGCUGAUGACUGCGGAAGCGUUGUACAUGUGCUGAGAAAGGAUAUGCUUUAGAUAAGUUGGUACCCAUGUACAUGUACACAAUGUAAAAGACAUGUACAUGAUUGUAUGCAUAUUGAAAGCGUGACAUGUACAUGCACCUCAGGUAUGGGAUUGCAGUAAGAAAAUUGCAAUGCACCUUAUGCUCUGCUGUUAUAGGCAUUACAGUACUGUCGGGCGCCGAAGAACGACCAGGCUAGAAAUCCAUCAAGCACAGCAUACCAAUGUAUACACGGUGACUCAUGCAACUCAGUAGUGCGCAUGGACUGUAAUACAUGUACAUGAAAAAUAUGAACGGUCUAGGCUAGGAGGCUAGGAGGCUGACCCCCAGUUCUUCGGCGACCGACAGUACUGUGCCGGUGUUUUGUUGCAGCAUAGCAACGCUGCAUGGUAUUAUUCCUAUUUGAAAGACUUGUAUGUGUCCUAACUCACCUGCACCCCCUUCUAAGUCCUCAUCAGCUUCGCUUUUAAUUGUUGACAAGUGAAUAUUAUUGUUGCAGCUCUUUAUCUUUUCGCUUUCUUCUGAUGAUGUUCUAUGCAUGGCUGUAGAUCAUGACUUGUAGUGGCCUGCAUUCCUCUUGCCUUGAUUGUUUUAUAUUGUUUCUUUUAACGUUUUUGAAGGAGGCAUUCCACUGAUCCUGCAGUGAAUAGAAA